UGACCUCCCAAAGGGAGUGUGUGUGUUUCCUCUAGUUCUUUAUCAGACUCCCCAAAAUAAGUAGGAAUGGGCAGCGUCUGCUCGCAUUCAGCACACCUUUUCCAUUCGCUAAUCUGGCCUGGCCAGGCUGGGAGGAAUCUUACCCUGCCUUACCCUAGAGAGAGAAGCCACUGAGACCACCCCUGAGCACCAUGCCUCUGCUCCGACUGACUGCUCUCUUCUUCCUUCUGUCCCACAGUCUCUGCCGCUGUGAGAACAGCACAGAUGUUGAAAAUAAAUCUACUUCACCACUGCCAGAAACUUCUACAAUAAAAGCAUCUGUCACAACACCGGGCACUUUGUCAGUAACAAAUCUUCCUAUCAAACCAAUACCUGCAACACCUCCUAAAGAAACAACAACUCCAGAUGCCGUAAAGAACAACGUUCUCACUAUAAAAGCAGUGCCAGAUCUUCUGGUUUCAAAUGCUGUUUCAACGCUACCAGUUUCCCAGAACAAAAGCACUGAUGAUGGGAAGAUUACAGCCACUCCAUCGACCAGCCCCUCUUAUUCCAGCAUUAUUCUGCCCGUGGUUAUUGCGUUGAUUGUUAUGACCCUCUUGGUGUUUACUCUGGUGGGUUUGUAUCGAAUGUGCUGGAAGAGAGACCCAGGCACUCAGGAAAACGGAAAUGACCAGCCUCAGGCUGAUAAAGACAGUGUGAAGCUGCUCACGGUUAAAACGCUCUCUCACGAGUCUGGGGAGCACUCUGCGCAGGGGAAAACCAAGAACUGACAGCGUGAUGGAUCCUCUUAUACCUGGGCAAUGGAUAUGGGUAAUCUUCGGCUUCUAAAUUCCAAGGAUAGGAAGGAGAAAAAGCCCUGAGGAACCAAUCCCAGCUUCCGAUCUCUCACCAGUCUACACCAGUUGCCUGUCCCAGCAAAGAAAUGACGUACCAUAACCUGACUGAAUCAUACAGAGUUCUGGAUAUCUCCUGUCUGAGAUGCAGAAAGUCAAAUGACUCUAGUUUUCAGGGACAUUUCUUGGAGGAACUGUGAUUCCCUCGGCCCAAGCAGGUGGGCUCCCAGAAGACAUUUCAUAGCUGAGUUUAGAGUCUCAAUGUUGGGUUUACAGCCUCGAUCCAUGUAGACCUGCCUAUUUCCUUUGUGUCCUUAUAUUAGCCAGCGUUAUAUUUAUUGUUUCCCACUAUGUUAAUGCAGGGAGAUUUUGCAAGUGUGUUAUUAAAUGUCAAGUAGAAAUCACACCAUGGUUCUCUGUAGAGACAGGUAUGUUAUUCAUGUUUUCAAGUGUUACUUUUAAUAAACAAUGGCUGUACGCACCAUGCUAAACAUUACA